GUGUGUUUGACUGCAGAGCUGCAGGAGCAGCAGAGGCAGACGAGAGAGCCCAAACUCCGGUCCACUUCCACACAUAAACACACGCACACACGCACACACGCAUAGAGCGAGCGAGCGAGAGAGCGAGCGAGCGACAAGAGAGGAGACCACCAUGGACUGGAUCGGGACGCGAGAGGAGCGCGGAUGAGGACAGGACAGGACAGGAUAGGACAGCCUGCGUUGCGCGCCUUUGUGGAUUCCUGCCAGGCUCUCAGCGUGGAUUUAACCUAUUGGGAGAUUUAACCCCCGCGAUGGAAUAUUUGCACUCUUGUCAUUUUCCAAUCUUCCUCCACCUCCUCCUGCUCCUCCUCCUCUUCCUCCAGCAGCAGCAGCAGCGAGGAUGCCAAGCAGCGAUGCGUCUUUUGCGCACUUCCACUGACAGCGCCCGUGCUUUGCGAGCUCUUUUAAAGCUUUGAGGAAAGAAAAAAUAAAUACCCCCCCCCCCCCCCCCCACCUACAAAAAAAAAAAAAUAAUAAAAUAAGAGGAAAGAAAAGCAGAGGAGAGGAGAGGAGAGUGAAGAUUGAACGCGGUGCUGCUUUCAUGCUCGUCGCCUAGGGCCCGGAUGUACCGAGGGAUGCGCCGGUGCGUUUUGCCGACCGGUUCCGCCGACAGAUCCCUCUUUUUUCUCGCCUUCACCUCCAUCAUGGGGAUUAGGUAAUAUUCACUCCAUCCGAAGACACCCCUCCCCUGCCGAGCGACGGGAAUAUCCACAAGCUGUCAGACUCACCCCCCCGCCCCCCUUUUAUUUCUUUUUUUUUUUUUUUUUGGAGGGGGGCUAUUCCCCCCCCCUCUUUUCAAUCCAUUCACGCAUAGGGAGAACCCUGGACUACAUUUAUGGUAAAUGAAAGCAAAAACAUGUACAUCCCGGAGGACACCCUUGAGAAUCAUCAAGGCUCCGACUACUCGCCCCCUCCCACCCUCCCUCGCCCCGCUGCCCCCGGCUUGACCAACGAGCACCCGGGCGGUGGUGACCGCGAUGGAGGCGGGGGCGGGGUCAACCACGGCGUGGCGGGAGUGGUGGGCCUGGCCCCGGAGCACAUCGCCACGCCGGGCGCCGCCCUGAGCUGGCAAGCCGCCAUCGACGCCGCCCGCCAGGCCAAGAUGAUGGGCAACGCGGCCUCGGGCGGCACGGCGGGGCUGGCGGCGGGAGGGGGCGGGCCCAUCUCCACGGCCAGCUCCACGCAGCGCAAGCGGCAACACUACAGCUCCAAGCCCAAGAAGCCCACCACCACUACGGCCACGCGGCCCCCGAGAGCGCUGCUCUGCCUCACGCUCAAGAACCCCAUUCGCCGGGCCUGCAUCAGCAUCGUCGAGUGGAAACCCUUCGAGAUCAUCAUCCUGAUGACCAUUUUCGCUAACUGUGUGGCCUUAGCCGUCUACAUCCCCUUCCCAGAGGACGACUCCAACGCCACUAACUCCAAUCUGGAGCGCGUGGAGUAUUUAUUCCUCAUCAUCUUCACCGUGGAGGCGUUCCUAAAGGUGAUAGCCUACGGCCUGCUCUUCCACCCUAAUGCCUAUCUGAGGAACGGCUGGAAUCUGCUCGACUUCAUCAUCGUAGUGGUCGGGUUGUUCAGCGCCAUCUUGGAGCAGGCCACCAAGGGUGACGGGGCCGCUCCGAUCGGAGGCAAGGCGGCGGGUUUCGACGUCAAGGCUCUGAGGGCAUUCCGAGUACUCCGACCCCUCCGAUUGGUCUCCGGAGUACCUAGUUUACAGGUAGUUUUGAAUUCCAUCAUCAAAGCCAUGGUCCCCCUGCUCCACAUCGCCCUCCUGGUCCUCUUCGUAAUCAUCAUCUACGCCAUCAUCGGCUUGGAGCUCUUCAUGGGCAAGAUGCACAAGACCUGCUAUCACGACCACACAGGCACCAUAGCGGAGGAAAAACCGGCGCCGUGCGCGCCCAAGUUGGCGUACGGGCGACACUGUGACCAAAACAGGACCGAUUGCAAGAUGGGCUGGGAAGGCCCUAACGACGGCAUCACCAACUUUGACAACUUCGCCUUCGCCAUGUUGACCGUGUUCCAAUGCAUCACCAUGGAGGGCUGGACCGACGUGCUGUACUGGAUGCAGGAUGCUAUGGGCUAUGAGCUGCCGUGGGUCUAUUUUGUCUCUCUCGUCAUCUUCGGCUCCUUUUUCGUCCUCAAUCUCGUUCUGGGGGUGUUGAGUGGAGAGUUUUCCAAGGAAAGGGAGAAGGCCAAGGCACGAGGCGACUUCCAGAAACUCCGAGAAAAACAGCAGCUGGAGGAGGAUCUCAAGGGCUACUUAGACUGGAUCACUCAGGCUGAAGAUAUCGACCCAGAGAAUGAAGAGGAGGGUCUGGAUGACGAUAAACCCAGAAACUUGAGCAUGCCGGCCAGUGAGAAUGAAUCGGUCAACACCGACAACGCACCCGGAGGCGAUGUAGAAGGAGAGACCUGCUGUACGCGGCUAGCAAAUAGGAUCUCCAAAUCCAAGUUCAGUCGCUACUCACGCAGGUGGAACAGGCUGUGCAGGCGCAAGUGUCGGGCGGCUGUCAAAUCGCAGGUUUUCUAUUGGCUGGUUAUCUUUCUGGUUUUCCUCAACACUCUCACCAUUGCCUCGGAACAUCACCAGCAGCCGCAGUGGUUAACAGACGUGCAAGACAUAGCUAACAAAGUUUUACUCGCACUCUUCACCGGUGAGAUGCUCUUGAAGAUGUACAGCCUGGGCCUUCAGGCAUACUUCGUCUCGCUCUUCAACCGCUUUGACAGUUUUGUCGUUUGCGGCGGGAUUCUGGAGACCAUCCUGGUGGAAACUAAGAUCAUGUCGCCUCUCGGCAUCUCCGUGCUGCGUUGCGUGCGCUUGUUGCGGAUCUUCAAAAUAACCAGAUACUGGAACUCGCUGUCCAACUUGGUGGCCUCCUUGCUGAACUCAGUGCGCUCCAUCGCUUCCCUGCUGCUCCUGCUCUUCCUCUUCAUCAUCAUCUUCUCCCUGCUGGGCAUGCAGCUCUUUGGCGGCAAGUUCAACUUUGAGGACACCCGGCGAAGCACCUUUGACAACUUCCCCCAGUCGCUCUUGACCGUCUUCCAGAUCUUAACUGGUGAAGACUGGAACUCGGUGAUGUACGACGGGAUCAUGGCGUACGGUGGACCUUCCUUCCCCGGCAUGCUGGUCUGCAUCUACUUCAUCAUCCUCUUCAUCUGCGGAAACUAUAUCCUACUCAACGUCUUUUUGGCCAUCGCUGUGGACAACCUAGCUGACGCCGAGAGCCUGACGUCUGCUCAAAAGGAGGAAGAGGAGGAGAAGGAGAGGAAGAAACUAGCCAGACUGGGCACUCCAGACAAGAGGCACAACAACGAGAAGCCUCCACUGGAGAAAGAGAAGCGAGAGAAGAUUGAGCUGAAGUCCAUCACUUCGGAUGGCGAGAGCAACACUGCCACAAAAAUCAACAUGGACGAUUACUGCGGCGAUGAAAGCGAAGAGAAGAAUCCAUAUCCUGCAAACGAUUACAUCGGUAAAAUAUUUAAUCGGGAAAUUAAGUCGUUCUACGCUUCAGUCGUUAUGUUUCCGCCAGGUGACGAAGACGACGAGGAACCGGACGUGCCGGUCGGUCCAAGGCCUCGGCCGCUCUCCGACAUCCAGCUUAAGGAGAAAGCCGUUCCCAUGCCCAAGGCUCGAGCCUUCUUCGUCUUCAGCCACACCAACAAAUUCAGGGUUCUAUGCCAUAAGAUCGUCAACCACAACAUCUUCACCAACCUCAUCCUCUUCUUCAUCCUGCUCAGCAGUAUCAGUCUGGCAGCCGAGGAUCCGGUCAAGAACGACUCCUUCCGAAACGAGAUCCUGGGCUAUGCGGAUCACGUCUUCACGGGGCUUUUCACCAUCGAGAUUAUUCUCAAGAUGACAGCUUACGGAGCCUUCCUCCAUAAAGGCUCUUUCUGCAGGAACUAUUUCAACAUUCUGGACCUGGUGGUCGUCAGCGUUUCCCUCAUUUCCUCCGGGAUACAGUCCAGCGCCAUCAACGUGGUGAAGAUCCUGCGAGUUCUCCGAGUGCUCCGACCUUUGCGGGCCAUCAACAGAGCCAAGGGCCUGAAGCAUGUGGUGCAGUGCGUCUUUGUGGCCAUCAGGACCAUCGGCAACAUCGUCAUCGUCACCACGUUGCUCCAGUUUAUGUUCGCCUGCAUCGGGGUGCAGCUUUUCAAGGGCAAGUUCUUCUUCUGCUCGGACAACUCGAAACAGACAAAGGCGGAGUGCAGAGGCUCGUAUAUAAAGUAUAAGGACGGCGAUGUGGCUAAGCCAGAACGAGCCCUGAGACUGUGGGAGAACAGCGAAUUUAACUUUGACGAUGUGCUGCAAGGCAUGAUGGCUCUGUUUGCGGUGUCCACCUUUGAGGGCUGGCCGGGGCUCCUGUACCGGGCCAUUGACUCUCACACCGAAGACGUGGGUCCCAUCUACAACUACCGUGUGGUCAUCUCCAUCUUCUUCAUCAUCUAUAUUAUCAUCAUCGCCUUCUUCAUGAUGAACAUCUUCGUCGGUUUCGUCAUCGUCACCUUCCAGGAGCAAGGCGAGCAGGAGUAUAAGAACUGUGAGCUUGAUAAAAAUCAGCGUCAGUGUGUUGAAUAUGCCCUGAAGGCCCGCCCCCUGCGCCGCUACAUCCCCAAGAACCCGUACCAGUACAAGGUGUGGUACGUGGUCAACUCCUCCUACUUUGAGUACCUGAUGUUCACGCUCAUCCUUCUCAACACAAUCUGCCUGGCCAUGCAGCAUCACGGCCAGACGAAGAACUUCAACGAUGCCAUGAACAUCCUCAAUAUGCUCUUCACUGGGCUCUUCACUGUGGAGAUGAUCCUCAAAUUGAUCGCCUUCAAGCCCAGGGGGUACUUUAGUGAUCCCUGGAAUGUGUUUGAUUUCCUCAUCGUAAUUGGCAGCAUAAUAGACGUCAUUCUCAGUGAAAUCAACCCAGCUGACUCCUCCUCGUCCUCUUCGUCUUCCUCCUCUUCCUCCUCUCACCCCCCUGUGGUAAGACCAACGGGCCUGCAAAACUCGGAAGAGAACGCUCGGAUCUCCAUCACCUUCUUCCGGCUCUUCCGUGUGAUGCGUCUGGUGAAACUGCUCUCCCGUGGGGAAGGGAUUCGGACCUUGCUGUGGACAUUCAUCAAGUCCUUCCAGGCUCUACCUUACGUCGCCCUGCUGAUCGUAAUGCUGUUUUUCAUUUACGCCGUCAUCGGCAUGCAGAUGUUUGGCAAGAUAGCGCUGCAGGACCACACGCAGAUCAACAGGAACAACAAUUUCCAGACGUUCCCCCAGGCAGUGCUGCUGCUCUUCAGAUGUGCGACAGGCGAAGCGUGGCAAGAGAUCAUGCUGGCGUGCUCGCCCUACCGCCCAUGCGAGAAAGGAUCCUCCAAUGAGAACAUCACCAUCCAGGAGGACUGCGGGAGCCAGUUUGCUAUCAUCUACUUUGUCAGCUUCUACAUGCUCUGUGCCUUUCUGAUCAUUAAUCUCUUCGUGGCUGUCAUCAUGGAUAACUUUGACUACCUGACGCGGGAUUGGUCCAUCCUGGGGCCGCAUCAUCUCGACGAGUUCAAGAGGAUCUGGGCUGAGUACGACCCGGAAGCUAAGGGGAGGAUCAAGCACCUGGAUGUGGUGACUCUCCUCCGAAGAAUCCAGCCACCGCUCGGCUUCGGGAAGCUCUGUCCUCAUCGGGUCGCUUGCAAGCGUCUGGUAUCCAUGAACAUGCCUCUAAACAGCGACGGAACCGUCAUGUUCAACGCGACGCUGUUUGCACUCGUCAGAACCGCACUGAGGAUCAAGACAGAAGGGAAUCUGGAGCAAGCCAAUGAGGAACUGAGGGCCAUCGUAAAGAAGAUCUGGAAGCGAACCAGCAUGAAACUUCUGGAUCAAGUGGUGCCCCCUGCUGGCGACGACGAGGUGACCGUCGGAAAGUUCUACGCCACCUUCCUCAUUCAGGAAUACUUCCGCAAGUUCAAGAAGAGGAAAGAACAAGGUCUGGUGGCCAAAGUGGCGCCCAAAACUGCCCUCUCUCUGCAGGCGGGCCUGCGGACGUUACAUGACAUCGGUCCGGAGAUCAGGAGGGCCAUCUCUGGAGACCUCACGGUGGAGGAGGAGGUAGACAAAGACCCCAAGGAGCCCGUGUCAGCCGCAUCCGAGGACGAUAUCUUCAGGGUAAAGCGGUCAGGCGGCUUGUUCGGCAACCACGUCAACUACUACAACCAGAGCGACGGGCGUGCCUCCUUCCCGCAGUCGUUCACCACCCAACGUCCCUUGCACAUCAGCCAGAAGGGCUCGCCCUGCGACGUCGAGAGCCCGUCCCACGAGAAGCUCAUGGACUCCACCACCUUCACGCCGUCCUCGUACUCGUCGUCGGGCUCCAACGCCAACAUCAACAACGCCAACAACACCGGCAUGGUGGGCGUGGCCCCGCAAGGCGUGGCCCGCUUCCCCGGCCCGUCCAUCAGCACGGUGGACGGCCACACGGGACAACCGCUCACGCCCAUCCUGCUGCCCAGAUCGGCUUGGUGCUUCCCUCCCAAGAGGACGUGUUUUUUUGACAACCUCAUUCGCUCCGAUUCGAGCGACAGCCGCCUGCCGAUCAUCCGCAGGGGCGAAGGCUCCACGGAGGAGACGUACGACGAGAGCUAUGCCGACGAGAGGGAAUUCCACGAGGACGACCACUCGCUCUCCUCCGACAUGCUGAUAUACCGCGAUGACACCUGCAAGCAGCUGACUCCCAUGGAGGAAGGAGAAGACAUGGAGGAGAGAAGAGGAGGUGGAGGCUGGCAAUCUCCCAGAAGAGUUUUUCUCUGUCCCACUUCUUUAGGGCGGAGAUCUUCUUUCCAUUUAGAGUGUCUGAGGAGACAUUCGAGGCCGGACGUCUCUCAGAAGACGGCCGUACCGCUGCACCUCGUCCAUCAUCAGGCGCUAGCGGUGGCCGGGCUGAGUCCAUUGAUAAGGAGGAGCCACUCGCCUACCCUCUUCAGCCGGUUGUGCUCCACACCUCCGGCCAGUCCCCCAGGACAAGGCAGAGACGCCUCGCAUCAGUGGGUACCCUCGCUAAGGUUAGAGGGCUCCAACUCUCACGAAAAGCUCAACACCAGCUUGCCCUCAGUCAACUGCGGGCCCUGGUAUAGCGACAGUAAUGGGAACAGUCGGGUACCUAGCCCCGCCUCCGGUAUGCCGGCGACCAAUCAGAGAGCACCGCGGCCGGUGUCGCUCACGGUGCCCUCGUUAUCGAGGCACGAAUCUAGCUCGCUGUCGCACGGCAGCGCCGGAAGUCUGGUGGAGGCGGUGCUAAUAUCAGAAGGCUUGGGCCAGUUCGCGCAGGACCCUUCCUUCAUCGAGGCCACAAAGGCCGAGCUGGCCGACGCCUGCGACAUGACCAUCGAGGAGAUGGAGCACGCGGCCAGCAACAUCCUCAACGGCAACACCUCCGUCGCCGCCACUGCCUCGGACGCCGCCGCCGCGCCCGCCGCCUCCCAGCACAGCCCCAACGGCAACCUCCUGCCCUUCCUCAGGGACAGGGACCACGGAGGGGAGGACGGCGGAGAGGCGGGCGGGAACCGAGGCUCCGUCCACGGGCCGUCCUCUGUAGAAGAGCGACAAGAGCUCCUGGCGGAAGAGCGGGAACAGGAAGAGGAGGAGGAGGAGGAGGAGGACGUCGGGGGGAGGGAGGAAGGACCCCACCGAAGCUCCUCGGUGAUGUCGAGGACCAGCGUGCUGCUGGAGGAUGAGGACAUGGAGUGUGUGACAAGUUUGUAGGGGCUCCGCCGGACGUCUCACGAUUGGUGGCUAUGUUAGUCCCCGCCCCCUUCACACACACACGCCUCUAUUGCGCCAGAGGAAGCGGCUCCGAACAAUGUCGGCCAAGACGCGUCACAAAUGCUUUGUACGUCUGAAUGUUUGUAGUAAAGUAUAUCACACUAUACUCUAUAUUAUCAGAGUGUGCGCUUGUGUGCGCGUGUUUUUCCCCCCUCUUUGUACGCACAUGCGUGUGAGAGUGCGUGUCUCUAAAGUGCCUCACAGUUUUCUCACGUCCUCAAAGUGACGAGCAAAGACGGCCAGGGGAAGGCAAAGAUCCGUCAACGGAGCUCCUCCUCCUCCUCGGUUCACUCGGGAUGAAGCGCUGUAUUGUCAAAAAUAAUAAUCAUCAUUUCAAAAGCGCCCUCCUCUUCCAAAGGAACGCCCCCCCCCCCCUCACACCGGGGGAUGGACCAACAGUCACCAAAAUGGCCGACAGACUGGCUUCUUUUUUUGUCACUUCCUGCUCCCAAACAGAAAACGUGACGAGCAGAGACGUGAGCAGCCUUUUUUUUUUUUAUUUCACCUCAUACCUCACCAUCCUUCCCUCCUUUCGCCAUACCGCCAUUUUCUUUCGGCGAGGAGUUGGACAGGACUCCGGCCUCAACUCUGUGUUGCCCGCCAUUUUGUUUUCCUCCUCAUGCUGUCUAAUUUAUCCUUGAUUUGUUUGCACAAUCGGGGUGCUGGUCUUUCUAAAUGUACUUUUAGGAGAAUUUUAAGCGGUUUUAAGUAACGAAGCAGGGCGUAGGCCUUUUUAUUUUGGAGGGUGCGUGUCUGCGUUCGUACGAUCGCGUGUGUACGUGCGUGUAAAGACAAGUGUUCUUUCUCUCAAUCAGUAUGCACCUUUUACAGAUUGUAUCUAUUUAUUUAUUUAUUUUUUUCCCAAAAGAAAAAAAAAAGAUGUGAGUGUGUGUGCGUUCUUUGAGUGGCUACAUAUGUACGCUUCAAUGAAAAAGAUUUUUAAGCCUAAACAGUAAUUUAAGGUAGCAUUACAAGGGUGUGUGUGUGUGUGUGCGUGUGUGUAUGUGUGUGUGUGAGACAGGGUUACCACAGACAGGCAUGCUUCCAAAGUGUUUCAAGGUUCGGACUUUUCACAUUUUAAUCGUCACGGGUUUUGGGGGUUUUCUGUUCUGAGAUAGAUUUUCUUUUUUUUUUUAUUUAUGUGCUGAAAAAAAAAGUCAUGAAUGCAGUGAAAGGGCCGUAACACACUGUUAUCAUUGUUUUUCUUUUCAAAUGAACUCUUAGGGCUGAGUUUAAAGAUGCUGCAAGAAUUUUAAAAUCCAUCUUCGAGGAAAAACAUGCUUCCCUUUGUUUUUUUUGGAGGUGGUUUUUAUGUGGGCCAUGCGGAUUUUGUCCAUCACAAGUCCGAGUUUGUAGCAAGAAGGCACUGACAGAUUUGGAAAUGUGGGGAAAUAUUUUCAAUUGCUAAUUAUAGUUUCAACAAAUGUUGUAGCUAGUCCUCUGACGUAGUAGAGGGCAACUGUCUCAAAUGUCACUCUAUGGGUCUUCCUUUAUUUAAUUGUUUUUUUGUAAAUACUUUCUUGAUGGAAAAAUAAGUCAAUUUUGGUCAGAAAUUAGACCAACAUGCUAUUUGGUUCAAUUUAACACAACUUUGAGAUGUUUUUUUUUUAAUUAUUAUUAAAACAACCCAAAUUUCGGUCAAAUCAAAAGGUUGGCUGAAAUAUAUCCAAAAAAUGGUUCAGUCCGAUGUUUGACCAAAAUGUGGUUAUUUCUGAUUUAGAGUGUAUUUUUCAUUUUCUAUUUCAUCCAAUUUGGGUUACUUUUAACCAGGCAGUUUUAAGACUAAAAGAUAAUCCAAGUGUGGGUCAUAAAGUAAAAAAUAUAUAUAAUAAUAAUGAUAAUAAUAAUAAUAAUUAAAAUAUAUAUAUAUUUUUUUUAAAUUUGAUUAUUUAACCCCAAAAGUAGGGUCAAAUGAAUAAUCUACAAAACAAACCCCAAAAUUAUUUUUUGUAAAAUUUUCUUUCCCAAAUUUACAUGGGAAAAAAAGUGUAAAGUGACUUUUGGGACAGCUUGUUUUAUAAAUUUGAUAUGAGGGCAAUGAUGCACUGUGGCCCUUAUCCAUGUGCGUGUGCUGUGACGCCCUGUUGCCUCUGGAGGAGAAAACCACUCAAACCUGGAGACAAAGAUCGUAUUUGCCACAUUUCUCCCAAGACAACACUGCCAUGUGUCCCUCUCAUAGCAGCUCUUGGCAGAGAAUGGAUGCAGUAUUCACCACCACUCUUGUGAGAAUUAUGCAAACUUAAUGUGAAUGUGAUGUCACGUGGCUGGAAAGCCGUCGGCUAUUUUGGAUUCCGUUGCUUACUUGCGCUUAUUUGCAGUUUUGUUUGAAUGCACGAUUGGAUAUUUAAAAGAUUUGUUAUCUUGAGCGAUUUGACUAAAGGCCCCAUUGAGAAUUCCUCAGAUGUGACCCUGAAUAACCCUGUCUGGUAACAGCAAGAUAUGCAAUAACUUUGUCUGUACGCUUCCCCCCUGGCAUGUUUUGUACCCCCCCCCCCCCCUCCCAUGCCAGAGAAACCUAACAUACUUGAAAUCAGGUGAGAUGCAGUGUAGUAUUCUUGACGUGUUUAUUGACCUGAAAUUAGUUUUUUGCUCUUUUGUUGUUGUUGUUGUUGUUCUUGCAGUCUGGGAGCCUGAUGAACGGUUGAUUAAUUUCUCUGGUCGAUGCGAGUGAUUGGCAGGUGUCGCCAUGACAACAUCAGAGUAGGUGAUGAACGAUUUUGAAAAAUCCUAUAACGAUUAAGCGAUUAUUUUUUUCAAUCCGAUGUUUUAUUUUACAAGCAGUUAAUUAAUCCGGAUUACAGUAAACAGUACUAGAUUUGUUAUACAAAUGUAAAUUAACGUCAUUUUAAUUCGAUUAAUCGUUCAACCCGACUGCUUGUACAUGCAGUAAAUGAUAUUAAAGGAAAGGAUAAUUUUUGCAUAUCUUGAAGAGGACAGCAGGGUUUUUCUGUUUUAUUCUCCGAAGAAGGGCUGCCCCCAAUUCAAUGUCGAGCUCAUUUAAAGCCCCCUCUGACCCCGGCAUAUAUUAAAAAGUGAUCCUUUGAGAUUAUUCAUAAAGAAAAGUGACUCAUUUAUUAAUUUUGAUAUUUCCCAGAGGCAUCGUUGAGAUUAAGAAAGCUCAUAGGCGGGGGAAAAAAAGAUGUUUUAAGGUUUAGAAAAUGACAAGACAAAUGUAACCAAUCAAUUUCACAGUCUUCAGUGGUGCCUUGAGAUAAGAGUGGCUUGAUAGCAAAUGAAGUUUGUAUCUCAAGGUAUACCAAUGAUAUAGAGGAGUUUAAAAUUCAUAUUGCCUCACCAUAGGCGGACGAUUGUAUAUUUUUCUACAAAUAUAUAAUCAAGAGAAUGUUAUGGAAGUAGAGGUCAAGAAUGUAUUUAUGGCCUACUGACUGUAGUGUCAGCAUGAAUUUAUCGGACCAUCCCACUUGAGAUAUAUUACGGAAAUUUUUCUCACUGAAAUAUAUUUGUUUCGUUUCAAAGAGAAAAGCCCAAAAAGCCUUUUUUUUUUUUUUUGCAUGGCCUCCAAUCAAUUUCAACCCAGAAUGAAGAGCAGGUGUACAGAUAUUUUAUGGGAAAGUAUAUUCUAGAAUGCUAGUUUACAUAGCGACUUUAUUCUAUUUUAGAUAUCAAAUGGAGAAAUACUUUAUGCGUGGAUGACAAGAGAUGACGGAGAUGGACAGUGCAAUUGAUAGUUCGCAGGCUUUGAGUUGUUAUACCCUGAUAAGUUUCCUUUCUCACAGCGAGUUUUGAAAGUGCAUGUGCAAAAACUGAAGUGACCAAAGCAAAAGGAUUGAUAUUCAAAAGUCAACCCAGGUGAAUAGUAACAGUGGUUACGAAGUUGAAGCAACUGAGGCUUUAUUCGUCUUAUUUAUUUGCUGUUAAUGAAAACGAAAUACCUGGCGUGGGAAAUUUGAUUCAAGACACAUGCGAGUCAACUUUUUAGCUCACAAAGAUUCACGCGAGCAUGUCUGUAUACGGGUGUGUGCUUGUGUGUGCAGCUUUAAUGAGCCUUUUAUUUUGCUGACAGAAAUGAGUCGAAAAACUCUCUCGCAGGGUUGGUUGUUUUUGUCUUCUUCACAGCUGGGAAUUAUGCCGAGAGGCGUUCAAAGACCAACUGUAGUGUUUGGAUGACAUCACUAUAUUUUACUGUCAAAAUGAGUGUUUAACGGGUGGCAGUGUAGGGAUGACAAGCCACACCCCUUCGGUUGCGUGAGGGCUUUUUAUUGGCCCCAUCACUUGGUCGCCUUGGUUACGGCUGCAUGGUCUAACACUCUUUCUUCUUUUUCUAAGUUGUUUCUUUUAUUUCAUUUUAGACUCUAGAAAAGGGAAAUAAUAUACAAAUUAAAUCUGAAUAUUAAUUCAAUCACUUUUCUACUCCUAUUUUCCAAAAAAAAGUGACACUGAAAAAAAACCAAGAAAAAAAAGUGGAUUUGUAAAUAAGUCGUGUACAGUUUGUAUCUGUAAGUCGUCAGUCUGUCAUUGGUGACAGAGUCUGUCUUGCUUAUAACGCACGCUACCAGUAAAUAAAAAAUAUAAAAAGGAAAAAGUAUAUUUAGACUGUAUGGUCCCUUGAAAGCAAGUUUUAAAUUAAUAUCUGAUGUAUAUUCCUGUAACAUUGCAUUUUUAUCUGAGGAAUGAUGUUAUUAAAAAAUUGCAAAUAAAUUGCA